AUGAACGCCGCCCUCUAUGCUUUACUUUGCCUUGCUGCUGCCACAGCCAAUGUCGCCGCCGUUGGCGAGACGUUGCAGUGUUCCACUUACGCCGCCGUAGGUCCCAAAGGAUACACUUGCAACGACCGAUCUGAUAUCAUCUGCACCGAAGGCUGCAAGAAAUUUAUCACGAUCACCAACUGCUCUUUGCAAGACCACCCCCAAAAGCCAAUCACCACCGAACUUUGCACAAAUGGGUAUGGCCGUGACACUGCCGCUGCCAAAGCGUGUAUCACUGGUCAAGGAACCUUCCGCUGCACCGGCACUACCACUGGAUCUGGCACUUGCUCUGGCUGUGUUCCAUUCAACAAAUUAGUCCAAUGUCCCAUGACAAAGGAUUACCUCGUCGACUGGAAGGACACCCUUCCGGUCGACGAGGUACUUGUACCUCGCCGGCUGGAAGGAUUUCCUUCCAGCCGGUCCGUCGCCAACCCUUUAGAGGGCGGGUAUCCUUUGGGAUACCCGGAUACCCGCCAACGAUUUGCGGAAAAGGGGCCAUCCGCACCCGAAUCCGCACCCGCUGGCGGGUAUCCGUUGGCCCUGGCGGGUAUCCGCCAGCGGAUAGCGGGUAUCCGCGACGGAUACCCUUCGACCAUCUCUAACUACGCCCCUUGA